ACGCAUAGAGCAGGGUCUGCUGGCGGACCCGUGGUCAGUCUGCAGCUGCGGGACGCCAUGGGGCGCUUCGCCGCUGCAUUGGUGGGCUCACUGUUCUGGCUGGGGCUGCUGCUAUGUGGUCUGGGCAGUCUGGCGAGCGCCGAGCCCCGGGCCCCGCCGAACAGGAUCGCAAUAGUCGGUGCUGGAAUCGGUGGUACGUCCUCCGCCUAUUACCUAAGGAAGAAAUUUGGGAAGGACGUGAAGAUUGACGUAUUUGAGAGAGAAGAGGUCGGGGGCCGUUUGGCCACUUUGAAGGUGCAAGGUCAUGACUACGAGGCAGGGGGUUCAGUCAUUCACCCCCUAAAUUUGCACAUGAAGCGAUUUGUCAAAGAGCUGGGUCUCUCCAGUGUUCCCGCUUCAGGUGGCCUGGUGGGAGUGUACAAUGGAAAGUCUCUGGUGUUUGAGGAGAGCAGCUGGUUUGUAAUCAACGUGAUUAAGCUGGUGUGGCGCUAUGGGUUUCAGUCCCUCAGAAUGCACAUGUGGGUAGAAGACUUGUUGGACAAGUUCAUGAGGUAACUAACUAUUCAGCCUCUGGUGGACCUAAGAUCUGUCGGCCCGGGAGCAUGACAGGGUUAGUCUCCUGCACCAGCUCUACCUCAUCACCACCUCAUUAAGCAAAAUGUUUUCGCAGACAUCAUACAGAUCAUCAUCCCAUUUGGGAGCUGAACAUGUCAUACNUGUUUGCUUCUAAAUUGUACUUGGCGAGGGCUGAGAUGUGGCUCAGUGGUAGGACACUUGCCUGGCAUGCCCGACCAUCUCAUUUAAGGAGUUGACUUUGUAUAGAAUCUCAGAGUGUCUGGCAACACUAAAGAAACAUGAGCAAAGCACGAUUCGGAAGUUGAGUCUGAACAACGACAACAACCACCAGAAAAAAAAAAAAAAAAAAAAGCAUGAGUUCUCAUGGCAGUCAGUUGGCUCGGCAGCCAGUGCUGUAGGCUGCUUUCUGCACAUGGGGAGAAUGGAGAGGUCCAGGCUUUAAGUGUGGAAAGCCACCCACCUAGGAAAUGCU